CGAUCAGUCUGCAAGUGCCAUCUGCACUGUGGGGGAACCAAUCUUCAACUUGCCUGCAUUUGGUAUUAGUAUUUUAUUAACCUUUCAUUGAUCCAAUUACGGCUCUUUGACACAGUUUUCAUCAGUGAUGGACUAAGUGUGAUCCGGCCUGACCCACCUCCGGCCGGCGUGAGAAGGGGCAUGUGUCGGGCUACGCUCGGGCUUCCCCUGCCGCCCAUUGUGAUCCAGCCCGCUAGGCGCUCCCUGCCGCCCAUUGUGACGCCUGCCAGCCGCAGGCUGGGUCCCCGAGGCGGGCGGCAUUUAGGCUCGGUCUCCACAGCCAUGGCCGCGACGCAGGAGCUGCUGCUGCAGUUGCAGAAGGAUAACCGAGAUGGUCGCCAGCGGAAGCAGGAGCUAGAGAAGCUGAUACGCGGGCUCGAGGCCGAGAGCGAGAGCCUCAACCAGCGCCUGCAGGACCUGAGCGAGCGGGAGCGGAGCCUGCUGCGGAGGCGAAGCCAGGCAGCGCAGCCUCUGCAAAGGGAGGCGCGCGAGGCGGCGCGGGAGCGCGCGGAGCGGGUGCGCAGAAGACUGGAGGAGGCGGAGCGCCACAAGGAGGACUUGGAGCAGCACAGCAGGCAGCUGCAGGAGCAGUGGGAGGAGCUGUCGAGUCAGCUCUUCUACUACGGAGGAGAACCGCAGAGCCAGAAGAGCACGGAGCAGCAACUCGCAGCCCAGUUGGUGACGCUGCAGAAUGAACUGGAGCUGGCGGAGACCAAAUGCGCCUUGCAGGAGGAGAAGCUGCAGCAGGGCGCGCUGCAGACAGCGGAGGCCUGGGCCAUAUUCCAGGAGCAGACCGUAGUCCUGCAGGUGCGGCCCCACUCAGACGCCAAGGUGCCUCCCGCCUCUCCUCCCCCAGACCUGGGGCGGUGUGACGGGCAGCUUCGCGGAGUGCAGUACAGCACCGAGUCGCUCAUGGAGGAGAUGGCCAGGGCGGACCGAGAGACGCGGCUGUUCGGCGGUCCUCGCGCGCUGGCCAUCAGGCGGUGCGUGCUGGGCGCGCUGCAGGUGCUGCUGACGCUGCCGCUCCUCUUCCUGGGGCUGUCGCUGCUCUGGACGGUGCUGUUGGACCCCGGCGCCGUCUCCGCGUGGCUCUGGAGCCUCACCUCGGAGACGACGCUGCGCCGCCUGCGCUACACGCUGUCCCCGCUGCUGGAGCUGCGCGCUAACGGGCUGCUGCCAACCUAAGUGCAGCGCCCCGCGCCUGGCUCCAGGUGGACGCCAGGGCACCUGGCUUUAUUUCUGGUGCACUCCUCUCCUGAGAGUGUAGACCAAGGUCGCCUAAUAAACUCCUCAAGGGAUGAA